UCGGCCCGUUGCAGUUGCAGCCACCACUUGACUAACGCAGCCCGGCCCGCAGCCCGCGCCACCAAAACCCACCCAAAUCCUCGGCCGCCGCCGCCGUCGCCGCUUCAGCCGGCCUUGAUGCGCCUCUGCUCCAAGCUCGCCGCGCUGCUCCGGAGGUCCCGCCCCUUCGCCGCCACCGCCGCCGCCGCCUCCGCGUCCGUCACCACCGCUGCCGCCGCCAACGGGAUGGAGGAGGCCGCGGCUGCCGCGGGCCCGCUGCGCACGCGCGUCUGCAUCAUCGGCAGCGGGCCGGCCGCGCACACGGCGGCCGUCUACGCGGCGCGCGCCGAGCUCAGGCCCGUGCUCUUCGAGGGCUGGCUCGCCAACGACAUCGCCGCGGGCGGGCAGCUCACCACCACCACCGACGUCGAGAACUUCCCGGGCUUCCCCGACGGCAUCCUCGGCAUCGACCUCAUGGACCGCUGCCGCGCCCAGUCCGUGCGCUUCGGGACCAAAAUCUUCUCCGAGACCGUCACCUCCGUCGACUUCUCCGCCCGCCCCUUCCGCGUCUCCUCCGACGACACCGUCGUCCACGCCGACUCCGUCGUCGUCGCCACGGGCGCCGUCGCGCGCCGCCUCCAUUUCGCCGGCUCCGACGCCUUCUGGAACCGCGGGAUCUCCGCCUGCGCCGUCUGCGACGGCGCCGCGCCCAUCUUCCGGAACAAGCCCAUCGCCGUCGUCGGUGGCGGGGACUCCGCCAUGGAGGAGGCCAACUUCCUCACUAAGUACGGCUCGCGCGUCUACAUCAUCCACCGCCGCGACGCCUUCCGCGCCUCCAAGAUCAUGCAGGCCCGCGCUCUCUCCAACCCCAAAAUCCAGGUCGUCUGGGACUCCGAGGUCGUCCAGGCCUACGGCGGCUCCGACGGUGGCCCCUUGGCCGGCGUCAAGGUGAAGAACCUGGUGAGCGGCGAGGUGUCCGACUUCCAGGUGGCAGGGCUCUUCUUCGCCAUCGGGCAUGAGCCAGCGACCAAGUUUCUCGGUGGACAGCUCGAGCUCGACUCCGAGGGUUACGUGGCCACCAAGCCAGGCUCAACGCACACCAGUGUCAAGGGGGUCUUCGCUGCCGGGGACGUUCAGGAUAAGAAGUACCGCCAGGCCAUUACUGCUGCUGGAUCAGGCUGUAUGGCUGCUCUGGAUGCGGAGCACUACCUGCAGGAGGUUGGAGCACAGGAGGGGAAGACUGAUUGACUAUAUCUGGUGGCGCCAAAAUCUGCACUGUAAGGCACAUGCGGUGAAUCAUGGCAGCUCCACAAAAGAGCAGACUGUUAUUGAUUCGAGUCCACAAAUAUAUGAUACGCUGUUGGCAAUUGGUUCUUUUUGACGCACAAGAAGUUGUGCUGAUGAAUGACAAUACGAAUUUCUGAA